AGGGGGAGGUGGUAAGUUGCAUUGGAGUCUCGAAGUUGGGGGUGGCGAGAGGGAGGCGAGAGAACAAGCUGUCAAGAGAAGGUGACACGGUGUUUAAGGGACAAACAACCUAUAGAGAAAAGGCUAUUCGAUUAAUCACGGUGGCCGACGUUGGAAAUGGAUGGAAUUUAUGGAUGGGAACAGCCCCCUUUGAACCAAGGUAAUCCCUUCAUUGAGAUCAUUGAACAGCCCAAGCAGAGGGGCAUGAGGUUCAGGUACAAGUGUGAGGGGCGCUCUGCGGGAAGCACCCCGGGAGAGAAGAGCAAUGACACCACCAAGACACACCCCGCCAUUAAGGUGCACAACUACAAUGGCCCCCUGCGUGUCCGCGUCUCCUUGGUGACCAAGAACCCACCUCACAAGCCCCACCCCCACGAACUGGUGGGGAAAGACUGCAAACAUGGUUACUAUGAGGCAGACCUGCAGGAGAGACGAGUGCACAGUUUUCAGAACCUGGGCAUUCAGUGUGUGAAGAAAAAGGAUGUGGCCGAGGCAGUUUCCUGUAGGCUGCAGACCCAAAACAACCCCUUCAACAUUCCCGAGGCAAACAUGUGGGAGGAGUUUGACCUAAAUGCAGUGAGGCUGUGUUUCCAGGCCUCGAUCACUCUGCCUACCGGGGAACUCUGCCCUCUGGAGCCUGUGGUGUCCCAGCCCAUCUAUGACAACAGAGCACCCAACACAGCAGAACUGAAGAUCUGUCGAGUGAACAGAAACUCUGGAAGCUGCAUAGGGGGGGAUGAGAUCUUCUUACUUUGUGACAAAGUGCAAAAAGAGGACAUCGAGGUGCGGUUCUUCCAGGGCUCGUGGGAGGGGAAGGGCACCUUCUCCCAGGCGGACGUACACAGGCAGGUGGCCAUUGUGUUCUGCACCCCGCCCUACUGCGACACCAACCUGACCGAGCCAAUCCGAGUGAAGAUGCAGCUCCGCAGGCCCUCGGAUCGUGAGGUCAGCGAGCCAAUGGACUUCCAGUUCCUGCCCUCCGACCCAGAUGAAUAUAGACUGAUGGAGAAGAGAAAACGGACAGAGGGAAUGUUACAGAAUCUGAAGCUGGGGUCCCUGAUGUCGGGGACCAUGCCAGCAGAGACGAGGCCGUUCAACAUUGCCAGGAGAACAGUCACCGCCAAGCCAGCAGCUAGCCAGCCUGUGAUGAACCCAGUGGCGCCCCCUAGUGCCUUCUCUGUGAAGCCCCAGCCCUACUACAACGGCCCCCAGCCAGGCAAGUUGUUUCAAACCCAGCCCAAAGCAGAAGCCUCCUCCACCGCAGCCGAGACCUGGAAGUUCCUCAACAGCCUGACUCUGGACUCCCAGCCCAAAGCCACCCCCGUGGCCAGCUUCACCACCAACCCCCAGGCCUCUGCAGCCACAGCCGCCUCCUCCCAGGCCUUUCCCACCGUAAACCUGUUGGACUUCAACGGAUUCGCUUUCCACAACUUUGCUUGUCCCCAGGAGCCGGUGAGUGCAGCCCCUACACCAGAGCCCACCUCUACCUUCGGGGUCCAAGGCUCCCAGUUCAAGGUGGAUGAGGAGCUACCCGAAUUCCCCAGCUUUUCUGAGGCACAAGCGCCAGGGACUCUAGAUAGUAUAAACAUUGAAGAAUUCCAGGCUAUGCUGGGCCAGAGUUGUCUGGCUGGAGAAGGGCCAAAGAGCAGUGAGGCGUCAGCCCCUCAGGAACCCUGCCACUUACCCUCCACCAACACUGUGGCCAACAACGCGGCCCAGAACCAAGCAGACCCAGCCAACCACCACACCGGCUGUGGCGGCAGCACCUGGAUGAACUACCCCAACAGCAUUGUCAGCCUGCUCCAGAACGAGGGCAUGAUGGAGAGUUCCCCCGGCAACGCCAGCCAGCCGGCCGCCCUUGACGACCUGGACGUCUUAAGCUCCAUGGACGAAGACCGUCUCAUGUCCAUCCUGAACAGUGGCAACCAAUACAGUUUUGUGCCCGGACAUCAGACCUAAGAGACUACCGUGUGAUUUGACUGACAUGUUUACUGACAUAAUCCCCCUGGUAGACUACUUUUAUCUGUGCCCUUGAGACCCUGGGCCUGGUUGCAUAAAACAACUUAAGUUAAUUUCCCCCUUGUAUUUUCCUGUAACUUUAAGUCAGUUGCACAAGAUGUGUGAAUUUUCCCUGUUUUAAAUUAAGUACAAAAGUUAAGGGUGUCCACGAGGUCCCUUAACUGCCUCAUUAUGUAUGGUUGUCAAUGGAAACGACAUGUAUAGAGGUGAAUGUCGAUUUUCAUCUGCUCUGGUUACAAAAGGAAAACGUCAACCAGCUAGCUACUUAGCUAAACAAUGGAAGGUGCACGAUCCAUGGCUACAAAGCUAGCUGGCUAGUUAGCUCCAGCUACAGUGGGGCAAAAAAGUAUUUAGUCAGCCACCAAUUGUGCAAGUUCUCCCACUUAAAAAGACGAGAGGCCUGUAUUUUCGUCAUAGGUACACUUCAACUAUGACCGACAAAAUGAGAAAGAAAAUCCAGAAAAUCACAUUGUAGGAUUUUUAAUGAAUUUAUUUGCAAAUUAUGGUGGAAAAUAAGUAUUUGGUCAAUAACAAAAGUUUAUCUCAAUACUUUGUUAUAUACCCUUUGUUGGCAAUGAGAGGUCAAAGAGUUUUCUGUAAGUCUUCACAAGGUUUUCACACACUGUUGCUGGUAUUUUGGCCCAUUUCUCCAUGCAGAUCUCCUCUAGAGCAGUGAUGUUUUGGGGCUGUUGCUGGGCAACACAGACUUUUAACUCCCUCCAAAGAUUUUCUUUGGGGUUGAGAUCUGGAGACUGGCCAGGCCACUCCAGGACCUUGAAAUGCUUCUUACGAAGCCACUCCUUUGUUGCCGGGGCGGUGUGUUUGGGAUCAAUUGUCAUGCUGAAAGACCCAGCCACGUUUCAUCUUCAAUGCCCUUGCUGAUGGAAGGAGGUUUUCACUCAAAAUCUCACGAUACAUGGCCCCAUUCAUUCUUUCCUUUACACAGAUCAGUCGUCCUUGUCCCUUUGCAGAAAAACAGCCCCAAAGCACGAUGUUUCCACCCCCAUGCUUCACAGUAGGUAUGGUGUUCUUUGGAUGCAACUCAGCAUUCUUUGUUCUCCAAACACGACGAGUUGAGUUUUUACCAAAAAGUUAUAUUUUGGUUUCAUCUGACCAUAUGACAUUUUCCCAAUCUUCUUCUGGAUCAUCCAAAUGCUCUCUAGCAAACUUCAGACGGGUCUGGACAUGUACUGGCUUAAGCAGGGGGACACGUCUGACACUGCAGGAUUUGAGUCCCUGGCAGCGUAGGGUGUUACUGAUGGUAGGCUUUGUUACUUUGGUCCCAGCUCUCUGCAGGUCAUUCACUAGGUUUCCCCUGUGUGGUUCUGAGAUUUUUGCUCACCGUUCCUGUGAUCAUAUUGACCCCACGGCGUGAGUCUUGCUCCAGAUCGAGGGAGAUUAUCAGUGGUCUUGUAAGUCUUCCAUUUCCUAAUAAUUGCUCCCACAGUUGAUUUCUUCAAACCAAGCUGCUUACCUAUUGCAGAUUCAGUCUUCCCAGCCUUCCCAGUCUUGGCCAUAGUGGAGUUUGGAGUGUGACUGUUUGAGGUUGUGGACAGGUGUCUUUUAUACUGAUAACAAGUUCAAACAGGUGUCAUUAAUACAGGUAACGAGUGGAGGACAGAUGAGCCUCUUAAAGAAGAGGUCUGUGAGAGCCAGAAAUCUUGCUUGUUUGUAGGUGACCAAAUACUUAUUUUCCACCAUAAUUUGCAAAUAAAUUCAUUAAAAAUCCUACAAUGUGAUUUCCUGGAUUUUUUUCUCUCAUUUCGUCUGACAUAGUUGAAGUGUACCCAUGAUGAAAAUUACAGGCCUCUCUCAUCUUUUUAAGUGGGAGAACUUGCACAAUUGGUGGCUGACUAAAUACUUUUUUGCCCCACUGUACUCUGUAAGCUAGCUUGACGCACAAGAAAAUAAUAUAAACAAGUUGAGAAAAAAAGUAACUACAAGGAAGUGGUUUAUUACCUGAAGCAAUUUGGUUAUCCUGUGUUGAUUGUAAGUUCUAUUUUGCCAUCUCACAAAAUGAAAGCGAUCUCUUUGAGAUGUUUAGUCAGUGACUCAGGCCAUCUCCAUGGUAACCAGAUACUCCUUCCCCUAUACGUGCCUUCAAACGACCCUAAAACCCCUUAAGUAUGCCCUUAACUAAGGAAAUAUUUGAGCGGCUCUAUGCAACGCCCUUAAACAAUUCCCUUAGGUAAGGGGAAAUUAGUCCAAAAGGUAAAACCUUACGGGAAACACUUAAGAUUUAUGCAACUGGCCCAGCUCCCUUCCAACCCAACUUCCCUUUGUACCUUUUGUGCUAUUCUAAAGGGCUUCAAAGGACAGUCAUUUGAAGGCUGGCAAAUAGAAGAGUCUGAAAGUGAUGCUUUCUGCUCUCUUCCCUAUGUGGAUUGUGGACAUGCUUAUUAGGACAGCUGCAGAACCCUGCCUGUACACAAUUAACAGAGGGAAGGGAGAGCUACAGGGAAGUAGCCCGUUUUGUAUCUGCCAGUAUGUGAGCAAUUGCAACGCCCGAGGAUGAGCUGAAGCGUCCCUUUUUGUCACCCCUAAAGAUACACCCCCACUGGGUUGUGUAUAAGCCCAGGCUUGUUUCUGAUCUCCAAAGGCAGUGGCAUUUCCUUCUGGUCCCAAUGGAGCUUCAGGGUUUCUAAAUGACUCCACUUCAAUCAUUCAGUUAGAGAAUAGGACGAAAUCAAUUCAAACGUGAAAAGUUUAAGUUUGAUUUAGUCAUGUUCGUCCUCUAAAUAGCAUUACAUUUGAAAUCAAACCAGAGCUUGAAAGCCUAGGCCUUUUUGUAUGGUCUAUUUUUAGUUGAAUUAUGUGUUGAAUUCCAACCAUGGCUCUUGAUGCGUUUGCAGAUGCUAUACAGGCCUAAAUAGCAUCAUUGAUGAUAAAAGCGAUAAAGUAUGGUCACAUUUAAUUUGCUCUUUUAAACCUACUCUUUGGAAUGACGUAUAGCAACAGUGAAUCUAUUUAGUUUUAAAGUGGAGAUCUCGCAGCAAUCAUUCUCACGAACAGCACAUUGGUAAUAGUCGGUGUCAAACAUAGCUAAUCAGGGCUGGGCUUGGUUAAAACCCUGGAUGGGAGACCAAAGGGUAGCUUUGAUGGAUCAAUUCUCUAGUAGGAGGUGCUGCCCAGCCUGUUGUUUUUACUUAUACGUUAAAGAUCUGACAUUGUUUUAACUUCCAACAUUUUAUACAAGGUUUGUUGUAUAUGUUGAAAUUUGAUGACAUAAUCCUGUGGUUGAAAUGUUGAUUCAACCAGUUUGUGCCCUGUGGGUAUUGGCUAAAUAUUCGAGGUAAGGAGAAAUUGCUGAGCCAACAGACCAGGAGUUGAACCUGCCAACCAAUCAAUUGAUCACAAAAUGUGACCAUUAUUCUAUUAUGGGGAGAAGGGUGAGUUUAGCAUUUUCCCCACUUACCUUUGAGUGGGUAUACUAAAGUAGUGGAAUAUCACCAUAAAGCAAGAUUGCAAUUUCAAUGUACAUAAGCCUUAGGUGAUGAUAUACACAGAGUAUACAAAACAUUAGGAACACCUUCCUACUAUUGAGUUGCACCCCCCCCUCCCCCUUUUACCCUCGGAAACAGCCUCAAUUCGUCAGGGCAUGGACCCCACAAGGUGUCAAGCGUUCCACAGGGAUGCUGGCCCAUGUUGAUUCCAAUGCUUCCCACAGUCGUGUCAAGUUGGCUGGAUGUCCUUUGGGUGGUGGACCAUUCUUGAUACACACCACACUGGAAAGUGUUGAGCGUGGAAAAACCUGCAGCAUGGCAUUUCUUGACAAAAAAACGGUGUGCCUGGCACCAUACCACAUUCAAAGGCGCUUACAUUUUGUCUUGCCCAUUCACCCUCCGAAUGGCUCACAUACACAAUCCAUGUCUCAAGGCUUAAAAAUCCUUCUUUACCCUGUCUCCUACCCUUCAUCUACACUGAUUUUGACGUGGAUUUAACAGGUGGCAUCAAUAUGGGAUCAUAGCUUUCACCUGAUUUGUCUUAUGUCAUGGAAAGAGCCAGUGUUCUUAAUGUUUUGUAUACUCUGUGUACGUGACCUAUAGUACUCACCUUGAUGACGGGAUAUCUUAACGUUAUGUACAGCCUUACCAUGUCAACAUCUGCAAGUAUAACUUGUCAUUUUAGGUUAAAAUGUUCAAUACAUCUUUGGAACUGGAAGGAUAUUGCUGUUUAUAAAUGUACAAUAUGUUAGAAUGUAUUAGAUGCAUUGUUAAUAUCAGUUAAAAAGAACUCUUUCCAUAUCAUGUUAGUUUUGAGUCAGUAUCUCAAUAUAUUUCUGUCCAUCACUAUGUCUAUGCUUAUUCUCAGUGCAGUUUUCAUUAUUACAUUUUGCUGUAUGGUAUAUGAACAUCAGUGGCAGUUUAUUUUACAUGGUCAAUUAGCACGUUUAAACCAUAACCUUGUACUUAUUCAGUGCUGCUUUAAUGAAAAAUGUCAUAUUUUGUACAAGUAUAAAGUACCAGUCAAAAGUUUGGACACAACUACCCAA